AUGAGCUUCGUCAAGGUUGAUAGGCCUCGGUAUUUCUCCGCUCAAGGUGCAUGGAGGUGGGCAGCAAGAUCGACCGGUGGUUCGCACUUCGCUACACUGUCAGUCUGGAUCAAGUUAGUCAUAUCAGGCCAUGGACUGAAGUGGCUUUACACCUCUCGACUUAUUGCUCUCCACGCAACGACAAUUUGCAAGCCUUUACUUUCCUUAUUCGGUCAUUUCAGCUAUGUUGGCGGCGACUGCCAACGACCCCGCUUUCAGGCCCGAGCAGCAAAAAUCGAGAAGAUGCUUAGCAAAAGACAGGCUGGAACAGAUGCUGCAACUGGAAUCUUUGAGCCUAUGAACACAUUCAAUGCGGAGAAGCAAUUCGUCAACAUCAGCCGGGGCAGUGGUCACGAGUAUGCAGCACCUGGGCCGAAUGAUCUCAGGGGUUCAUGUCCAGGUCUCAACGCCUUUGCCAACCACAACUUUCUGCCACAUAAUGGUUAUGCUAGUGUUGCACAGUACAUCGAGGCAACUCAGAAAGUCGUCGGUAUGGGCCUGUUCUCGCAACCUUCCUCUCAUCGUUCGAAGUACGAAAUAGAUGCAAGUCCCACGAGGCCCGAUUUGUACGAAGCGGGAAACAAUUACAAGACUGUUGGAGCACAAUUUCAACAAUUGGUCGAUGCUUCGCCCGCCGGUCAAGUCACCCUUGAUUCAUUGACAGCAUUUCGCUCCCACCGAUUCGACACCCAGAUCAAGAACAACCCUGACUUCUUCAACGGCCCAUUCGCUGGAGUUUUGGUGCAACCUGCUGCGUACACCUUCAUCUUCAGAUUCAUGGCAAACCACAGAGCGGAGUUCCCUGCGGGACGUCUGGACUAUGCUACAAUUCAGUCUUGGUUCGGUAUUAACGGCGAGAGUGGAAGCUACACCGCUACUCAGGGCGCCGAACGCAUUCCUGAGAACUGGUACCGUCGGGCACUCGAGUACCCAUACGAGACCAACUACUUCCUUGCUGAUACAGCAAAUGCUGCCCGGCUCCACCCCAAGUUUCUCAGCAUUGGAGGAAACACUGGCAAAACCAACACCUUCACUGGCGUCGACGUUGCCGAUAUGACUGGAGGCGUCUUUAACGGCCGCACGCUGCUUGAGGGCAACAGCUUCUCUUGCUACGUCUACCAGUUGUUGGCCCAGGCUAAGCCUGAUAUUCUUCUUGGUGCACUCAACGGUCUGACAAGCGCCAUCGGCAAUGUCAUUGUUGCUCUGGCGUGUCCCAAGUUGCAGAAACUUGAUGCAAGAUUGCUCAAGCAGUUUCCCGGUCACAUCAAGCAGGCGGUUUAUGGCCAAUAG